GUCAAUAGUGUCGCAAUCCGUCCUAUUUGAACUGCAGCCCAAAAGCAAAAACUUGCGCGCUUGUUUUCAACUUCGUGCUCCCCUACCAUUGUUGCCGUUCUUCGUGUGGAGAAAACAGAUGGACACGCGUCCAAAGAGUUUUCCCUCCCGGAAGGUAAUUAUUGCUAGAGCGUUGAUUCUUUUCCAGUACAGAGGGGCCAACACUUGGCUCCGAUGCCUGCGAUUUGAUGCAUAGUAGUACUAGUAGACUCUUGUCUUGCACUGGUUGCAUGAGAUUUAACUUUGCAAUAAACGACUGAGUUUUAUUAUUGCAUCACACUGCAGGGGCCACACGAAGGUGAUCGAAAAGUCCGACACGGGGCGGUGGACGAC